AUGAUCGGAUUACUUGAACAGCAAAUGUCAUCUGAGUCCUCCCUAAUAGCCCCGAAUCCUCCAAGAAGACGCGGUAGGCGUCCGAAACUUCAACAGCAACUACAACCUUAUCUUCAACGCAUAUUUUGUUUAGAAUCUGGAGCAGCAGAAUCUAUGGCAUCACAGUUAGUAAACGCCUCACAGAAGGAUAAGCGAUCCAGUUAUUAUGGCUACUAUAGAAGCUCUGGGUUUAGAAGAGGUCGGAUUUCUCGUAGUCGUGAAAGACCUAGUAAACAUUUCCAGUUAAGCGUGAAAGUCCCACGGGAUGAAUCAGUUUCAGGAACUAACCAUUUUAAUCACUCUCAGUAUCAUCCCUCGGGAAUAGGUAUAUCCUGUAGUAGUAUUGCAAGAAAACAUCAAGGUAGUGGGGGAUAUCAUAUUGAACGAAUAUCGGAUAAUAUCCAUACUAACUUUUCCAAUGAAAUCAGUUCUCAAAGAGAUCUUAUGGAGCAAUAUAAUACUCACUCCGAACUUAUUGAUAAUUUAAAGCGCCCGAAUGGCUUUCAUUCUAUUCAUUCACAGCUACAGUCAGAAGGCUUUAAUUAUUCAACGGAGAGGUUUCGUUUUCCACAAGAAGAAAAUCUCUUAAAACUGAAUAGGAAGUUCCGAAGUCCCGAUGGUGAAUUCGAUGAUGGUGAAAAUAGUGAUAUUUUAACUCGUAGAUAUAUGCAUAUUCAAAAAAAAUCUGAUUCAGCUCAUAAAGAUAAUAGAAUAAGAGAUCAUGUGAUGAGAGAAUCCAAUUUUGAAAGUGAAGAAAAUUCCAGACGCGAUGAUUCACAUGGUGUAAAGAAGUUUCUAGAUCAAGAAACACUCGGUGAAAUGCUAGAAGAUUUCGGUGUUAUAGUACAGCGAAUCGGAGAAACAGCUGUAGCGAGAAAACAUCAGAGCUACUUAGAUGGUCAACCACUUAAUCUUUCUGAUUUUACACAUGGGGAACAGUUUUCAGGUUCUAUCAACUCUCGUCCUAUUCACAACAAAAAUGGAAAUGAUGCACAAUCUACCCAGCUCCCAUCAAUGGUAACUUUAACCUCAGAUAGUGUCAGUACUCCUCCGAGUGUCGAAGAACGUACUCCAGGUUGUGUUUCGAAUGCCGAACCUCAAGUUCUAUCUCCUCAUCUGUCUACAGCAUCUUUGCACGCUCCAUCAUCGAUAAAGUCGUCUCAUCCGUACAAUCAAUCCAGCACACCAAUAUCAGAUACUGACAGUUUAAUUUCAGGUAAACCGUCCACCAUCACGUUAAACACUUCUCAUAAGUCAGAGCAGAUGACAUACAAUUCAGCUAGUAAUAAUUACCAUCGAGUUGCACCAAUGUGGUCUUGUGAGUCUAUGUGUUGUCCACCAACUCGAGAUGAGGAAGUCAGUAAAGCAGAGGAAUCCUGCCCUGGUAACGAUUAUUCCUCUCAGGUUGGUCAAACAAGAAUUCCUCAGUCCACAGGAAAUUACUCUGAGGAACCAAAUGGGGACAAAAACCAGUGCUUUUAUCCAAAAGAUUUAAGUACUAGAGUACUAUCUUUUGAAGCUGGUUCUGAUUCUACUCAUAACUCGUCAACUCAACCAAGAGCUUUUGCAAAACCUGAUCCCAGUGACCCUGAGUUCUCUGGCUUGAGAUAUGAAACAUUAGUUAGUCGUCCUGUUCACUUAUCUUCCAAAGCCUCAGCAAUGGGUUCAUUGAUAUCAGCAGCUGAGGCAGUUGAUCAUUUGCGGUCUUUAUCUGCUUUAGGAGCUAAGUAUACAGCAUCUGUUGGUGCACCGACGGAGGGUCAGUACCAGCCUCAUCAGAAUUUACGUCCUGGAGAUUAUUCUUACAACUGCACCCAUGUUCAUUCAGAUGGUUUACCGCGAAAUGAUUCCUCAGAACAUUCUGAAUCUGCAACUUCAUAUUUGUCAUAUAACUCUGCGCUAAUUCCAACUCAGAAUGCAUUUAGCGCCAAUGUGCCAUCACUAAAUAGUCUCCUCUAUCGUGGUCGUAAAUCAGAGGAAUAUCUUAAUUCUUUAUCUGGAGUAACUGGUAAUGAAUUAAAUCAUGAUAAUUCCAUUAACAUCGAUUCAAUUUCCGCAACUAACACCAAUAUUAAUGCUCAGAAUGAUGUCAAAUCCUUAUCAGUCAUCAGAUCUACUGGUUUCGGAAAUUACAUUAAUUCAAGUGCAUUUGGUAAUCUAAAUAAUUACUCAUCUGCGGCUGCUGCAGCCGCUUAUCACCACUUAUCACGUUGUAAUACUAGCAGUAAUAAUAAUAAUGCAGACGAUCAACUUGAAUUAAUAGGACGUCAUAAUUAUACGAAUAAUCCAACUUCUUCCUCGUCAUCGUCAUUAACUCAUUCCUUUAUCACAUCAUGUGCAUCUCCAUCUAUUUCAGUACGAUCUGGUCUUCAAGAAUUUUAUCAGAAUCAGCAUCACCAUCAGCAUCAUCAUCAUCAACAACAGCAACAGUCAAUUAUUAGACCACCAGUUCAAGAGUUAACAACACGUCGACUUUUAUCUGAAGCAGCUGCAACAGCCUAUGCACAUGGUCUAGGUCGAUGUGAUAGUCAAACUAUUGGUGGAUUACCUGUUUCAUCUAUGCUCCAAGAAGCCCAUUCCGAAAAUUUACGUAAUAAUCAAUUCAACCCAACUGGGUCAUCAUGUACUCAAAAUCAGUCUCGUCAUCAUUCAACUGGGAAUAAUCAGUAUAAUACACAGUUAUCAGUACCAUCUAACAAUCGAUUACUGAAUGAAUAUAUGUUUUCUAGUAAUAAUAAUUCAACUAGUGAAUAUUCGAAUACAAAUUAUACAGAACAUAAUCCCGGUGCUACAAAUGUGCUUGAUAGUAGCAUUAAUCCACUUUACUCGUCUCAUUUACAUCAAACAACAAAUAUCAUGCAUAAUGCUUUAUCUAAAUCUAUAGAACAAUCUCAGUCAAAUAAUGCUAGUCAGUUAGUUCAUUCGAUUAAUGAAGUAUCUAAUUUAGCAGCAGCUGAAGCGGCAGCCGCUGCCGCUUAUGCAUACCAUCAAUAUCAACAACAAGCACAAGUUAUGAAUCGUCAACAUUCAAUCAUUUCACAACAACCACCAAGUGCACAUAUAAACUAUCAAAAUUUAUUUAAUCAAACUAAUCGUUCUUACAGUCAUCAUCAGCAUUCAGGACAAUUAAAUGAACAAUUAUCACAGAGAGGAGAUUUAACCUUAUAUAAUAAUACUACACAUUCAGAAAAAAAUGAUCCAAAAGCUGCUUAUUUAGCUGAAACUUAUCGAAAUGCUCAAAUUACACCAGGAAGAUUUUUAUUUUGA